AUGUACCUUGAACCCACAUCCAAGCACAUUAUUCCAGUACAUCCCUCCUCCACUGAAGGUUGGGCAACACAGAAACUGUCUGUGGAUAAGCAUGAUUUUCCUGCUUUGCAAAAGAGCUACAGAAAGGUAGCCUAUCUAUGGUCUCACUCCAACGGUUUUCACAAGGAGUCAUUCCACCCUUUGAUGAGACGAUUUAAGGAUCACCUUCGCAGCUUGAAAGAGUACGAUCAAACAGACAUUACCUUUAUCUCGUGGGACGCACGUAACCAUGGUGACUCUGCUCGUUUGAAUGAGAAUAAUUUGUACGAUUCAUACAGAUGGUCAGAUAAUGCCAUGGACACAAAGCAAGUAAUUGAUGAAUUCCAAUUGAACACAUCAUACGAUCAAUUCAUUGGCAUUGGCCAUAGCUUCGGUGCUACUUCCAUGAUCUUGUGUGAGUACUACUACCCAGGCACAUUUGAUGGCUUGUGUGUCAUUGAGCCUGUCAUGAGCUCCGUCAUGUACGAUGGUGAGAUCAAGGAACAGUUCCCAAUCUUGGCUUCUAGAAAGAGACGUGAUGAAUGGCCUAGUUUUGAAGAGUGUCAUAAAUCAUUAGCAUCCAGAGGAUUUUUCAAAUUAUUACACCCUGAAGUGCUUGAGCUCUAUGUGAAAUAUGGCAUGUAUCAAACUGACAAGGGCACAGUCAAACUUAAGUGCCCCAGAGAGCAGGAAUACCUUGUAUUCAAGUUUUCCCAAUUUGAUAACUUUGUCGCAAUGAAAUCAUUGGAAGUGAUCAAUAUCCCCAUCCACUUUGUUUACGCUUUGGAAUCCACAUUUGUGGCCCCUGAGGAUGCUGCCUCUGUCACUGACAGAAACAAACAAAGAAUUACCCUAGACUUUGUUGAAGGCACUCAUAUGGUGCCCAACGAAAAACCCGACAUCAUUGUUCCUCACAUUAUGAAAUUAACAGAUAGAGUCAACAAGGAAGGAAAGAGUGCUAAAUCUAAGCUUUAG